AUGGCACCAAACUUUGAUAACAUAAAGACUCAUUUCCCUGCUGCAAGAAUAAAAAAAUUAAUGCAAUCUGAUGAAGAUAUUGGUAAAGUUGCUCAGGCAACUCCAGUUGUUGUUGGUAGAGCUUUAGAAUUUUUUUUAGCUUCAUUAGUUGAUGCAAGUGCUACAGAAGCAAGAGAAGCUGGUAUUAAAAGAAUCACUGCUCAACAUGUUAAAGCUGCUAUUGAAAAGAAUGAAAACUUUGAUUUCCUUGUUGAAACUGUUACAAAACCUGAAGGUAAUGAUGAAUGA